AAUAGUAAUAGGAAUAGGAAGAUGAAGAGAAAUAACAAGAAAAACAAUAAUAAUCCGUAAUAGUAACAAAAGUAAUGAGAGGAAGAGAAAGAAGUCGAAUAGAAAAAAAAAGGAAAAAAAAGUGCUUAAGAUGAGGUAUAGAAGCAAUAUUACAAGUAGGAAGAAGAAGAGAAAUAACAAGAAAAAAAUAAAUAAUAAAUAAGAGCCAAUGACAGUAAUAGUAGCAGUAAGAAAAAGGAAAAAAAAAAAAAGAAGAAAAAAGAGGAGAAAAAAUACUUAAGAUAACCCACAGCUUUCCUUUUAAUCUCCCUAACACAGCCUAAACUCUCUCUCUCGUGCGAUAAAUCACAAACAGUUCCACCCAUUCCAUUCGCCCAUACACCUGCUAAUCCACCAAGAUGAACUCCGCACCUUUGCCUACCUGUUUCUCCCUUACCUGUUUGUCCAGCACGCCUUCCCGCCCGCCGCAAAGGUGUGAUGGUGUGAUGGAGCGCGAGUCAGGGCCGGAGCUCACCAUCUACUCUGCCCGCUACGCCUCGCCCCCAGCCCGGCCUCGCCCUGGUUAUCCUGUCCUCGCCCACCACGCUCAGACUCACCACUUCCAUGACUUCGCUGCACCGCCGCCGUCCGCCUCCGGGCCCAUCUCUUACCCGCCCCGCGGCCCGCUGCUGCACGUGGUGGGCGGGCAGCCCUUCUCGGGGCCUCUGUCCCUGCCACAGGGCUCGGGAUACUGGAGACCCACGCCCCGACGACACCACCACCACCAUCAUACCUUCCCACCGUACCCACUCCUCCCACCUCUGCCGCCACAGCGCCUUCACUUCCACCCCCACGGCCACACCUCUCUGCCACACCUGGGCCUGCGGGAGCCGCCGCCACCACCGCCGCCGGCGGGAAGAUGGGAUGAAGAUCCCUGCUUCCUAAGGCCAAACUCCCCAGACAUGCCAUGUCCCCACAACCCCCGCGCCGCGCCCACCCCGCAGGAGGACGGGACCUGCUUUGUGGUGAUGGGCUCCCGUGAUCCCAAGCACGUGCUUCGCCCCGUGGCCGCCAUGAAUCCCCACGUGCUGCGUCACCAGCAGCAGCAGCAGCAGCAACAACAGCAGCAGCAGGAACAACACCGCAAGGAAGAACAACAGGCACGAGGCCAGCAGUCGUGGCAGCAGCGGCAGCAAGAGGAUGAGGACGGCAUUUACUCUUACGCCGGCGAGGGAAUCUUUUCUCCUGCAGACGUGAUCCGCGCCCAGGCGGCGAUGGACGACUUUAACAGCUACGGCGGCUCCCUGGCCUCAGAGAAUAUCUACGAGGAGAUUCCCGAGAACUGGCGGGGGUCGUGGGCACGGCGCUCCCUGGUGGAAGAGGUGAUGGACGAGUACGAGCGGGUGCGGGCGGGUCACAGGCGGGUGCUGUCCGCCCUCAAUCUGGACGUGGAGACUCUUAUCCGGCCCGGCGGUCAGGAUGGCACCGCAUCACCGGACUCUGGCCUCACCAUUUCCGCUUCAGACUCCUCUUGUGAACCCAACCCCACCGGGUACGACCACUCCCGCACCCGCGGGGACUCGGGCAUUGGUCUGUCCACGAAGGGCAACAACUCCCCGAAAAGCAGCCAGAACUCUGCCGACGGGUCCCCGAAGAACAAGGGACGACUAGUCAAGUGUGAGUCAAUGGACAUUAAGGAAGCAUUCACGCGGCGGCCCUCGGGCGGGCGGGGCCGCGGCCUCAGAGAGAAGAUCGGCAGCGUGCGGGAGAAGAUGGAGAGGCGGUGGAGGUUUCCCAACUUCUCCAAGAAAGGUAAGUGUUGCCUAUGAAACUCAAUUGUCUAUCAGCCUUGUCUUUCAACAUCGUUACUGUGGUGAGCACACAGAGUGAUGCCUCCCCUCCUCCUUGGUGUCCUCGACUGAGCAUUCCGGGUCACGUUGCGGUGCCUCGUGAUGAGUGCCUGCCGCUGGACGUGAAAGGCAGCGUGUGAUCGGCCUUCACCGCCGCAGCUGAGGCGCGAGGAGGCGCCCUAGAUACUGCUGACAGCAUUAAAUCAUCACGGUAUACUGAAUGAGUUGAGUGACGCCGUUAACACGAGGCAAAACUGUGGCUACCUAGAGACAUCAAGCUGCGUAAUGCGAUAAGCCUCUGCCAAUUGUGCCUUAACCUUGACCUGCGUGACAAAGCUUCGCACAAGAGGAAUGCGAGUAAGCACGUAUGAACACUCAGUCUCCCUCGCCACACGUGUUCACAUCCAUCAUUCUCUUUAUUAAUCCCUCAAAUCCUCUUAAGUCUGCUAGGGGCAAAUCGACGCUUGGACGAAAUUAACACAAUUCACUUUCUUACA